AAAAAAUGUAAUAAUACUUGUAUUCAAAACGAGUGUGAUGCUAAGGAUAGUUAUUAUAAAACUGGAUUGGAAAUUUAUCAACAAACAAAAAAAGAUUAUCCAAAUUCAAGAAUUUGGCUUACAGGACAUUCAUUAGGCGGUUCAAUAGCUUCGUUAAUAGCACUAAAUCAUAGUCUCCCUGCAGUAGUAUUCCAAGCUCCCGGUGAACUCCUCUAUGCAAAACGAAUUGGUCUUCUUUCUUAUAACUCUGAAUCUGAAUUAAACAAUUAUUUAGAAGGAUUGCAGAUUUAUCAUUUUGGACAUACAGCAGAUCCAGUAUACACUGGUACCUGUAAUGGUAAAACUUCAACAUGUUAUCAUGGAGGAUUCGCUAUGGAAACAAAAUGCCAUCUAGGCAACACAUGUACAUAUGAUACUCGCGCUAAACUUGGUUGGAGACGCUCAAUUAUGAAUCAUGCUCUGUUACCGUUCAUUAAUAAAGUCAUUAAUGAAUGGCCUAGAAUUACGGAAGGAAAGGAAAAUAUUGCAAAGUGUGAAGUUGACCGAGAAUGCAAGGAUUGUGAAGGAUGGA